UCUGUGUUCUUUGAAAGGAGGUUGGACAGUGUCUUUGUCCACGAGGCUCAAGGUGUUCGACGACUCCACAGGUUUUCAGAGAUUUUUUACAGUGCGUGUCUGGUUGAUGAUUAUUCAAACUGUGACCAGCCCCCAGCUUCCUGCUGAUGUCAUCAGUUCUGAUUAGCGGCAGGUGUAUGUCGUACCUGUGCUGACCUUCAGUGAGGAGUUCACCUGCUCAGUGUGACAGGGGAGCAGAGGAUGGAUGGACUGAUCCGGUUCCGACACAGAACCUGAAUCCAGCUGCAGACCUCAUUAAAGAAGUCCACCAGGAGGACAAGUCCAGCAGCUGCUCAACAGACAUGACGAGAUCAGGCAGAAGGGGCCCCAUGAGGCAGCAGGGAUGGAGGCCCCCAGUCAGGCCAGCGGGCUCCUGAACAGACUACGGAGGCCCAGGAGGAACAACAUGGAGGACAGAACCAGAACCAGCAGAUCCAGAACUCCUGAUCAGAGCUGACCAGAUCUGCUCCAGGCCUCAGCUCAGUGAGCCGCACGUUUCUGCUGCCUGUUCUACCUGAUGGACCAAUGGUCGUUCCUCUGAUCGGGGACGUCGCCUCCUACAGACACGGAGCCAACGUCAGCUACGCGUUAGGGACUGACAGUCAACAUGGCCGACGUCCCCCAGGAGCUCCAUCUGGACACCGCAGCUGUCGCCGCCUGCAGCAUCAGACCCAUCAGAUCUGGACCCAGGUGUCCCCCUUCAGUCCUGAGACCGUCAGCGGUCCUGGAGGACGAGGACUGACAGGUGCACAUCCGCAUCUGGAAAUAGUCUGUGGUUAAAGUCCCGCUCACCGGCCCGUCACUUCUUACAGUGUGGAGGACAUUUAACGGCGGCGCGGCGGAGCGGCGCGUCAGUGCGUCCGGAUGCGGAGGAAACGCAUCAGAUCUGAGUUCAGAGAGAGCGGUGAGGGAAAUCGGAUCGGGAUCUUCGGGAGGAGGACCGGCAGCUGGUCCGACUCUCACCGGAUUAUUUGCUCACACGUGAACUUCUGUGCGCCGCGCGGAGCCGCUGCUCCGGCUGAUGAUGGAACAGGGAGCGGCGGUCGGACUCGUCCGCAGCGCAGCGCGUCGCUGCCGGACGCUUCUCCUCCAGUAGCUGCAGUCUGAGUCCAGGACCGCUCAGGAUGUGAAGACCCACAAAGUUCUCAGUGUUUUCAGUUCUCACGGACAGAUCCUCACGCGCCGCGCGGCGCCGCGCGUAAAAACCGAGCCCAUCACUUACGCACCAACAGUUGGCGCAGCGCGCGACCGACAUCCCGACAUGUUCUCUGAGGUGAGCGGCAUCAACCUGACCUCCAACCUGAGCGAGCCGCUGGCCUCUCUGGAGCAGGGCUGGAACGACACGCCGCAGGAGCGGCUGUCGCGCAGCGGUCACCGCGUGGUGUCGGUGUUUCUGGGCUCCAUCAUGGUGUUCGGCUUCCUCAACAACCUGCUGGUCCUGGUUCUGUUCUGCAGGUUCAAGACUCUGCGGACCCCCGUCAACAUGCUGCUGCUCAACAUCAGCGUCAGCGACAUGCUGGUCUGCCUCUGCGGCACGACGCUCAGCUUCGCCUCCAGCCUGCGGAGCCGCUGGUUGUACGGCCGACACGGCUGCAUGUGGUACGGCUUCGUCAACUCCUGCUUCGGUAUCGUAUCUCUGAUGUCCCUGUCCGUCCUGUCCUACGACCGCUACAGCACCCUGAUGGUUUACAACAAGCGGGCCCCGGACUACAGGCGGCCCCUGCUGGCGGUGGGGGGGUCGUGGCUGUACUCGGUGGUGUGGACGGUGCCCCCCCUGCUGGGCUGGAGCAGCUAUGGUCUGGAGGGGGCGGGGACCAGCUGCUCGGUGACGUGGACGGAGAGAUCAUCUCGCUCUCACUCCUACAUCGUCUGUCUGUUCGUCUUCUGUCUCGGUCUCCCCGUCCUCGUCAUGGUCUACUGCUACGGACGUCUGCUCUACGCUGUCAAACAGGUGGGUCGUAUCAGACGGACGGCGGCUCGUCGCAGAGAGUUCCACAUCCUGUUCAUGGUUGUCACCACGGUGGUGUGUUACCUGUUCUGCUGGAUGCCGUAUGGCGUCGUCGCCAUGAUGGCCACCUUUGGCCGGCCGGGACUCAUCAGCCCCGUCGCCAGCGUCGUCCCGUCCAUCCUCGCCAAGAGCAGCACCGUCAUCAACCCGGUCAUCUACAUCCUCAUGAACAAACAGUUUUAUCGCUGUUUCCUGAUCCUCUUCCACUGUAAACACCACCUGACAGAGAACGGACACUCCUCCAUGCCCUCGAAGACCACCAUGGUCCAGCUCAACCGGCGAGUCUGCGAUAGCCCCGUCGUCACUGUGCCGCCGCUCGCCAAAUCCAGCCCGGUGGAGCCGGAGGGAACCAGCGCUGUUGUGUCGGACAGAACCGACCCGGCCGAGCCGCCUGAGACCUCCUCCUGAGGGUUAGAGGGU